AUGAAUACGGAGAUCAAAAUUCUGAAGGCUGUGGUGAAGGGGUGGGAGAAGAAGGCGGAGAGGCUACAAGAGAGAGCUACGGAGGCCAUGGUAUUAGAGGCAAAGCUGAAGAUUGCAGAGGAAACUGUGACAUGUCUGAGGAAGCAAGUAGAGCAGCUGGAGCAGAAACUGAACCAGCGUGUGAUGCAGGAGAGGGAGGGGGAGGGGAAGGAGGGGGGAGGGGAGGGGGGAGGGGGAGGGGGUGGAGGAGGAGGAGGAGUUGGAGGUGGAGGGGAGAAUUUGGGGGAGGUGGAUGGGAACGUGGAGGGAAGUUUGGAUGAUGUGAUGAACGACCUGGAUGAGGUAGAGCCGGGGGAAGAUGUAGACGUGAUGUUGAUAUGUGUGGGUAUGUGUGUGUGGGAUGGGGGAAGGGGGGAGAGGUGGACGGCAGCGUGGAGAGUAGUUUGA